GAAACGGUCAUCUGCUGCUUACUUUUUUUUUCUUUCUGCAAGACCCCAAAAGCCACGGAAGCAAUCCGCACAACACCUCUCGUAUUUGCCCUGCGUUCUCAACCUGCUCCUUCGUCUUCUUUUUUAUCUUUUCCGGCUCCAGUUAGGAGAGCGAGGGAGGAUGGCGCUGUUUAGGGGGCAUGUGCUACGCUCGAUCGUACUCGCUGGACUACUAGUCUUCACUGCGCAUCACCUCAUUAAGAGGAUGCCAGAGUCUCAUCAUACAUAUACUUUGACACAGUCGUCUAUUGCGAUUAUUGCUGUCGCUACUGUGAUGCUUUUAGUUGUAACACACCACCGCCGACAAGGUCGUGUGCUAACCCAGACGCAAGAGGAGAUGCUCCUCCUCGGAGGCUUCGCACUCUUCUCUCUUGCUGCGUUUGUCACAUACCGUGCCUAUGGACUUCGACAUCAUCCCGACGCGACCCAACAUGCAGCGGGAGAACCUACCCCACGUCCGCCAGGAACGGACGAACCUCUCAGUCCGUUCGGUCACGGAUACGGUGGAUUGGAGCCCAAUAGGCUGUCUCGACCACCACAACGCGUCGGCGUGCAGACCGAGCGAGCUGGUGGGCUGAAGGGCGCGGGCUGGAAGUGUCCAGACGACGCUGUGCGGUGUGUCGUUGAGGAGUGGUAUUAUUAGUUCAUGUUUCGGGUUUCGGUCACGGACUCGCGGUUGCGGAUGCCCAGAAGAGAAACGUCGUGGGGAUUUUGAGUGGACACAAAGGAUUUUUUUUUGCAGGGUGCGAUAUCUAAUAUUCCAUUAACGUGUAAUAACUCUCUUGUUGUUGUUGUUUUCCUUGAUAAUUGUUGUUGUAGGACCAUGAAAUGUAUAGCGAGCUAUGUAUUGUGUUGACGAG